UUGCACAGAAACCAAUAUCCACUCUUUAUUACAAAAAAAUGAAAAAGAUAGUUUUUAUCUAAAAGGCAAAUCAUGUUCUUAUCAAGACUUGUCCUAAGCUUCAAAAGACUUUCGUCGCUCUCAAGAGUUUGAGAGCAUUGGACUGUUGGAAGAAGAUUGAUCGACCAUUGUUGUAUUUUACUGUCGCAUAGUUUACUUCAUAGCUUACGAUAUGUCUAGUGAGCUUGAAGCAGAAAGCGUGUAUGACAUGGUUGUAGUAGACCGAGAACAAGAUGUUGGUGUAGUAACACUGCAGUUAUUUAGGCUAUACACUCUACGUAAACUUGGUCGCCAUUUCAAACCAGUCAUACCCUUUGGUCCCCACCUCUUCGGAAGUGGAAAGACAAAAUUCGUACAAAAUUACUUGGAACUGGUGAAUAAUAUGGGUGAAAGUGCACUGAUAGGUCUCGAUUACGUUGGUGAGUCUGAGAAGGCCAACCGAAGAGGUUUCCUGGAGAAGCUGAAAAGGGCUUCAUUGCUCUUUGUGGAUUUGAAGGAGUUGGAGCCAACACAACCAGAAAAAACGCAACCUAAAGUGGGCAGUCUACUAUUUGUUAAUAAAGGCUGCUUGUCUGCAAUCAGGACUGAUGCUUUGGUUCAGAAAAUCCGUUCAAUCUUAAACAUUCCUUCCGAUCAAUAUCUCCUGGUGGCAUUUGACGAAGUUGGUGUCCUUGACAAAAAGCGAAACGAAUUUCAACUCAAGAAAAACAACAAAGGUAGAGUUCGACCUUACAACGACAUUUUCGGUAUCAUUAGUCAAUUAUGCAAAGAACCCGACUUGUUUUUUAUAGUUGUUGGGAAAAGUGAAGGCUUAAAUAUAUAUAAUUACGUAGCUUCAGUCUCAAGAGUUCAGUUAGUGUUUAUUCCUCUUUCGCCGCUUGAGAAACAUAGUAUCGUGGAACAUUUGGAGAAAAGUUCUUCCUUUUUAUUCCCUGGGAGCCCAAAGGUUUCAGAAAUUCUUUGUCACGAAGACUUCUCAACUAGUGAACUUGCAGAAUUGUUGUUGGAAUUGACUGGUGGUGUUCCUGGUUUACUUGUUCGAGCAAUCAGUUACCUUCUGCUGUAUAAAUCAUCCAACAACAAUUUCUCAUUAUCUAAGGAAACCUUCUUGAUCAUAAUGAAUAGCUUUCUAGUAACAAAUUAUUGUGUUGCGCCAUUCUUACCUCGUCUGAUAAGUCUCAGUGAGCAGCGUAAACGCUUGUUAAGAAUGCUUACGUUAUUAUCUUUGUAUCGUAUUCGAUUUGAUUUUGAUGAAACUGUGCAAAUAAGCUCAAAUUCUGAUGUGUUUUUGUUUGACCUAGUUACAGAUAUGUGUCUCUAUCGUCGAUUGGUUAUAGACCCAGACCACAACGAACGCUAUGAAGUGUUGAUACCCAAGUUACUGAUUGAAUAUAUUGACCAAGGCUUAAAGGAUGAUCGUUUAGAAUGGUUACUUUUACAAACCCUCAAGUCUCAAUCUAUGGAAUUCUUUUAUGAGUCGAAAUGUCGAAUUUUGGAAGGUCUUAUUGCGACACUGUUUUAUUUACAUUUUUCUCGGCAUCCUACAAACAGCUCAAUGUUUUCUACUCUUGGUCAAUUGUCUCGUGUUUGGAAUGAAAUGAAUUUACAAUUUUCUUCCGAAUCUGCUGCUUAUUAUAUGAAAUCUAUACAUUAUACCAGAGCUGUAUCAGGAACAGAGAGAAUGACAUUUGGAAGCAAUGAAUGGGAAAGGAUAGUGGAAGAAAUGUUAGAACUUGAAAAGAUAUAUAUUCCAUUUCAUUCAACAUCCCAUAGUCCAGAUAUAUUAUUCAAGUUGCAUGGAAGAACGAAUGAGAAGAACUUGAUGAUUGUGGGUAUUGCUUGUAAAGGCCGAUGGAGUCGUAAUGGUAUUCGAUGGAAUGAAAUUUUGGAAGAAGCUCACAAGCUUUUAAAACCAGUGCAUGAUCAAGUAUUGACUAGUCAUCCUACAUGGCAUUGUAUGUUGAUUAUUAUGAGUACUCAGUUAGCAACCAACGUAUCUGAGGACUUGAAUCAUUCUAGUCGUUGUUAUUCAUCUGACGAUAGUGUUGAAGAUUUCGUGAUUCCUCACAACUGUGAAUUGGUUAUUCUUUCUGAAACCGAUGUAGAAAACUUUGUUGGCAAAGACAUUUUAUCGAAUUUAAGGAACGCUUUCAAAUCUGUGGAUAAUCCACAUUCGAGAAAUAUUGGCAUUUCAACCCUACAAGAAAUAGUUUUAUCUCUUUCCAGAAAUACUUAGGAAUAUCUCUUUGUUGUUCUUCAUUGAACGUUGUCAGAGAAAUAUUCGAAAUUCAAUAUUUUGUAAAGGAAGUGGUUUUCUAAAUCUGAUAUCAUAUUAAACUAUUUUAUCAGACU